GUUUUUGACAUUGUGUUAUUUGGUCCUCUCCGGCACCCGUCAGACGCGCCUCUGCAUCCGCGCACCCGGAAACUGAGCAGUGCAACAAAAGCAACGCUUUCUGCAAGCAAUAAACACCCUCAGCAUAAUGUCGGAUAAAAGUGAGCUGAAAGCUGAACUUGAGCGAAAGAAACAGCGUUUGGCUCAGAUAAGAGAGGAGAAGAAGAGAAAGGAGGAGGAACGCAAGAAAAAAGAGGCUGAGCUGAAGAAGGAGGCCGUCCCACCGCAGAAUGAUUCAGACCUGGAGAAAAAGCGCAGAGAGGCUGAUGCUCUGCUACAGAGUAUGGGCAUCACACCAGACGUACCUGUGGUUCCUACAUCCAUGUCUCCCACGGCCAAAUCUGCAGGCACUCCAAGUGAAGCAGGGAGCCAAGACUCAGGAGACGGCGCCACUGGGCCAAGGACUCUGCACUGGGACUGUGACCCCUCUACUCUUCUGCUUCACUCUGAGCUAGGACGUGGUCCUCUGAAGUUGGCCAUGGUGAAGGUGACCCACGUGGAUUUCCCUCCCAAAGAGGUGGUGUCCUACACCAAGGAGACACAGACGCCCACCAUGACAGAGCAGAAAGAGGAGGAAGAUGAGGAGGAAGAGACCGCACCUCCGCAGCCUGAGGUUGAGGUAGAGAAAGAGAAGCCAGCAGAGAAACAAGAUGAGGAAGCGCCCCCUCAUGAGCUAACAGAGGAGGAGAAGUUGCAGAUUCUGCACACGGAGGAGUUCAUGGAGUUUUUCGAUCACAGCACACGUAUCAUCGAGCGCGCUCUGUCCGAACACGUGGAUGUUUUCUUCGACUACAGCGGCCGUGACAUGGAGGAGAAGGAAGGUGAGAUGCAGGCUGGGGGCAAACUGUCUCUAAACAGGAAGUUUGUUGAUGAUCGCUGGUCCAAACAGCGAGUGGUGACCUGUCUGGAUUGGUCCCCACAGUAUCCAGAGUUGCUGGUUGCCUCUUAUAACAACAAUGAGGAAGCCCCGCAUGAGCCUGAUGGAGUGGCUUUAGUCUGGAACAUGAAAUAUAAGAAGACCACACCGGAGUAUGUCUUCCACUGUCAGUCUGCUGUCAUGUCUGCAGCAUUUGCAAAGUUUCAUCCUAACCUGGUUGUCGGUGGCACUUACUCAGGACAGAUCGUCCUCUGGGACAACAGAAGUAACAGACGCACUCCUGUCCAGAGGACGCCUCUCUCUGCUGCGGCCCACACGCACCCAGUGUACUGUGUUAAUGUGGUUGGCACGCAAAAUGCUCAUAACCUCAUUAGCAUCUCCACUGAUGGAAAGAUGUGCUCCUGGAGCCUGGACAUGCUGUCUCAACCACAGGACAGUAUGGAGCUGGUGUUUAAGCAGUCUAAAUCGGUUGCAGUCACCUCCAUGUCCUUCCCUCUGGGUGACGUUAAUAACUUUGUGGUUGGAAGUGAGGAUGGAUCAGUCUACACAGCCUGUCGUCAUGGCAGUCGGGCAGGUAUCAGUGAGAUGUUUGAGGGGCAUCAUGGUCCAAUCACAGGCAUUCACUGUCACACAGCGGCAGGACCCGUAGAUUUCUCUCAUCUCUUCCUGACCGCCUCGUUUGAUUGGACCGUUAAACUCUGGAGCACCAAGAAUAACAAGCCACUGUACUCGUUUGAGGACAACUCAGAUUAUGUUUAUGAUGUCAUGUGGUCUCCGGUUCAUCCCACUCUCUUCGCCUGUGUGGACGGACUCGGACGCAUCGACCUGUGGAACCUCAACAAUGACACAGAGGUGCCCACUGCCAGCAUGUCGGUGGACGGCAGUCCUGCUCUGAACAGACUGCGCUGGUCUCAGUCGGGCAGAGAGAUUGCCGUGGGUGACUCAGAGGGACAGAUCCACAUUUACGACGUCGGCGAGCAAAUCGCAGUCCCGCGAAACGAUGAAUGGACCCGCUUUGUGCGGACGCUGGCGGAGAUCCACGAGAACCGCGAUGAUGCCGAGGAACUGGCCGCUCAGCGCCUCGCCGCUUGAUCGUCAUCAAACCAGCAGAUCUCAGAAAGCUGUUGUCACGUCUCUCUUUGGAAAUGAAAUGAUUUCUGUGUGCAAACCUUUGAUUCUACCUUUUGUUUGGAGUAAAAAUACGAAACGUUGACUGUAGGUGCGAUUCAUAGAGCAAGGCCCACGACCAGAAGCCUUAACAUUUGCAUGCAAAAAACAAAACCAUAAUGAAUGUUUCUGUUUCUAUCCAGGUAUCUCUGAGUGUGCUAAACUCUCAGCUUAUUAUGCACAGCCAAAUAUGAAAUAUUAAACCUUGAAUCCCCAAAAUAAAAAAAAAGGAAACAAUAAUUUUUGCAUAAAGAAAUGAAGCUGUUUUUUGUAUUAUUUGUAUGACGGUUGAGCACAUUUUGAAGUAAACCAUAAGGUUUAAAGGAAUAGAUUUGCUGCCUCAAAUUACACAGAUUUAGUAUAACACAUUUUUUAUUACAGGUUUUUAGUGUAAUGCUGUAAAAUAGAAUUGGGGGUGAGGGAAUGUGCUAGAUGUCAUAAAUAGUAGAAAAUAUCAUAAAAUAGGCUUCAUUUUCUUCCACCUGUAAUUGUUUUCUUUUUUCUUUUGAUUUUGGGUUGAAAUAUGUUUUUGAGAGGUUUCAUCAGAAUUACCCUAACAUCGGUACUAUUCUCAAUACUAGCGAGCCGUCGUAUCUUUUUGUUGCUUGAUCACAGACCAAGAGAAUUGUAGAGAUCUACCUCUUUCAGAUCUUGUCAGUGGGUCAUAUUCAGCAUCAAGUAUUGAGUUUGGUGAGUCUAGCUGUGGACCAAAGGCUGGAAUAAUUUGUGACUUUUUUUUCCUGUUAAUGAUCGAUCUUGUUCCUCUUCACCUCAGCAGAGGCACAAUCACAUAUUUGUGAUGCAUAUCAAUAUAGAGGGUUAAUUUUUAGACUAUCUGAACUGUUUAAAGUGUCUGUUUUAGAGCUCAAGGUCUUCCUCUUCCAGUGUUCACACUUGUUUGAAACGCUAAUGGUAACUCUUUUGAAGAACCUCUUUGAAUGUCUUUGUAUAUCUGAAUUCGUUUUCUAAGCCAAAUCUCUUGUGAUUUACCUCCAAUCAGUUUGAAGUCAUCCUGUAGUCUUUCCUGUUGUAUUUUGCGAGGAGAAAGUAGGAUUGCGAAGAUUUCAAAACGUUGCUUCCAACGGUUUCCAACAGUAUUCCUCAUGUUUAAUGGAAUGUCCAAUAAAUUCUGCAUUUGAAAUGUAACAAUGGAAAUUUAUUUCAAUAAAUGACAAUUCAAUAGUCAAAUGCAUUUAAACCAAAUAUCCUCUGUUGAUGUGCUGUUGUUGUUGUUUUCAGAUUAUUAUUUUUAUUUCCUGUUAGAUCCCAUGUUUCCAUAAUCAGGCAUAAUCUUUAAAAAAUACUUCAGCCUUUAUACUUUCUUAAUACUUUGGCCAUUGUUUGAAAAUUCCACAGAUUUACUAUCAACUUGGUUAGUAAAUUAGUAAUAGUAGAUACAUAGUAGAGAGUAGAUUAGUAGUAUAUUGUACUACUUUUUAUAUUGUACUUUUUCUCUCUUUUUUUUUUUUAAGUAUUAAAAUAUUGUAUAUCAUUAUUAUUUGAUGUGUCAUGUUAAGCAGUAAAACCAGUGGUGGGAUUCUACUUGCAAGAUUGAAAAAUUAUGAUAAAAAAUGACAUAAUGACAACAGAAGCCAUAAAAAUAUGUAGUAAUGUUUGU